AUCUCCAUUCUCAUCAGGUGUUGCUAUUCUCGCGAGAUUCUCGAUGUUUUAGCUUUGGUCCUGCCGAAAGAAAUUGAAAGCAAAUUGUGUGUUAGAUACUAAAAAACGUGGCCUGCCUCAAACGUCUUUUUAUUUUAACUUUAAAGUUCCGGGUCGAGCUAUCAAAGCAGUGUUCAUCUCGGAAGCAGAUGCAAACAAUCCUGCGUGGUUUAGCGUGUUCGUUUAGACAGACGGGUUCACAGGUUUUAACACCGAAUCAAGCCACCAAACAGGAUCUUAUUUCAUGGUUGCAAAUGUCGUCUGAAAGUCAGGCCCUAUGCUCAACUAGAAAAGUAGAGCUAUCAGAAGGCAGCUGUGAACUGAAGUAUGUCACCGGGGAUCUGUUCUCCUGCCCACCGGAUGAAGCUCUGGCCCACUGCAUCAGUGAGGAUAUCCGCAUGGGGGCGGGGAUAGCAGUGAUGUUUAAGAAGAAGUUCAAAGGAGUGGAAAGGUUAAAAGAGCAGAAGAAGGUACCUGGACAGUGUGCAGUACUGGCUCACCAUGGACGGUUCAUCUACUAUCUGAUCACAAAGAAGAAAGCCAGCCAGAGACCCACGUAUGAAAACCUGAGAAAAAGUCUGGAAGACAUGAAGUCUCAUUGCCUACAGAAUAAUGUCAAGAGAAUAUCAAUGCCUCGUAUUGGAUGUGGCCUGGACCGACUGCAGUGGAAAAGGGUGUCAGAGAUCCUGAUACAGGUCUUUGAACACGCAGAUAUCUCCAUCACAGUAUACAGCCUGCCCAAGAAAGAAGAGACCGCAGUGAUGGAGGAAAAUAUGCGUAGAUAGUUUAUGGUUUUGUUUAUUAUGUGUAAUCUUCCCUGUAUGCACUUUUCUGUAUGACUCCCACAGUAGUGUAAAAGCUGUUAUCUAAGGAGUAAAUUCCAAGUGAAAUAAAUAUUUUUCUUCCUUUUUGUAACAGCGUGACACAGAACUGCUCAGCAAUGGUGUUAAUGAAAAACCACACUCAGCAGUUUUCUGCUCUCUCACUACAGUGAGACUCCUCCUAUUCAACAAAUUAAGAUUUUAAGGCAUUUUUGAUCAAUUUUAGUGUUUGACUUUUAAUUUUUACUUUAGAGGGAUUCUAAAAUAUUUAUUUAGUUUCAUUGUUAACCCCACCCCUUAUCGGAAAAGCAUACUUUUUAAAAAUGGGUUUUAAAACACUAGUUAAGAGGUUUUGGCUAAAGACUGUUUGCUUAAAUACAAAUUUAAGCAUGUAGUAGAAUAACAUAGCAAAUGACUUAUAUAUUCCUUUUGUGGUUGCAGAUUUUUUUUAAAGCCUUUAAUUUAGUCAGAUUGGACGUCGUUUACACUUUUGGUUUUAACUUUGAGAUUUUCUAUGAUACAAAAUAUUGUGCAUGUCCAUUGCUUAUGAAAUCUCUACUUUUAAGUCAACCAGUGCCUUCAUUCACCAAGCAUCAACUAAACCAUUGCUAUAAGAGCAGCGUAUAGUGAGGAACAACAAAUGUAAAUGAAAAUUGUGACACUAAUAUUCUAAAACUUAAUCAGUAAGCUUGCAGAAUAUAACUCAGUGAUUAUAAUACUAAAGUAAAAAUCAGACUAAAAAUAAGCUUUUUGCUUAGAAGACUGUUUCUAGGAGAGCUAAAUAUUCUAGAGAGAUUGUCAAUGAAAGGGAAUUUAGUGAAUAAAUGUUACUAGGAAUAACAAUGGCUUAAUAAAACACAUUUUAACUCUUAGAAAACAAGUGUUUAGGACCCCCUGUAAUGUUUCUUCAUAUAAAAUUGAUUAUAUCUAAUAUCUCUGAAAUGCAAUAAAAAGUGUGUCAUCACUUAAUUUCUAAGGGUUCAUGGUUUGUUAGAUACAUCAGCGUGUUCUUGCUCCUCUUUUCUUCUUUAAAACCUAAGUACUGCUUUUGAUCUUUGACCACUCUUCAUUAUAUUUUAUUCCUGUUUCUCAAUUUUUUACAUCCAUCCUUGUUUCUCAGCAGACAGAGGAUUUCCUUUAACAUCUUUUAAUAUGAGGUAAAUAAAGCCUUCAAUUUAUUAGAUCAGAAGCUUUUACUUAUCAUCUGAUUAAUUCAGACUUUCUUCUGAUAAAUUGAGUAUGAGUUAGAAAUGGCUGCAGUUUGAUUAAUCUAACAUGGAACUCACUAGUAAACAAACACCUUUAUUGAUGGCCACAUUACUGUAUCAUUCUAACUUUAAUAUAUGCUUAAUAUUGUGUUUAUGAACAACUUCAAAUGCUACAGGAAUCUAACCAUCAUUAACAUCCGAAAUCUUUUUUCUUCUUUUUUUUAGAUUACAGAAGGUUUUGUACAUCUGAAGAUGCUUACUGUAGCAAGAGGUGGAUAGUGGAGGUCCGUAAAGUAAAAAUCUAGCCUGGUUGUCCUUCAUCCUGUUCACUUGACUAAGUUAUUGGUCCCUGUCUGUUGCUCCUGUUCCUUCACCUCUCAUGGUGUCAACAGUAAGGACACCUUUAUGGCUAGAAAAAGUAAAUCUGGACUGCUUUACCAAAUCUGAAGAGCCUCUAGCCUCUUAGAUGUCAUUAUGCAACAGAAACGCACAUUGAUGAUGUUAAUAAAAUAGGAAAUACAGCCAUCUGAAAAAGAAAAAAAAGGCAGAUGCAUAAAUGUAGCUAACAACAGCUGAAGCUCUCCAUUAUUAAACUCAAUACAUAUAAAGUUGUGUAUUUUUCCAUGUGUCAUACAGAGUACACAUAAAAAAUAUAUGAAACUCUGUUUGGUGGGCUGUGUUUAUACAUCUUGUCAUGCAAAGGAUUGUGGGAAUCCAUAUGGGUGCUAAGAGCCAGAUAGUAACAUUAUUAGGUCUGUGUGCUAAAUGAGUUGUUGAUAGGAAGCAUCCAACUUUCCUUACAUACUUUCUUUUUGCCAGCACUAUUUGGACAGCACUUAUCAUGGCAACUGAUGAAACACUUUCCCUUUGUCUUAACUUUCCUGACCGGUUUGCUGUGUUUGGAUUGAGCCUAGUGGAUUUAAAAAUGCAAAGGCUUGAAACUAA